UUAAUUUAUAUACAACAAUGAAAACGUACAGAGGUGAGGUUCCGUGUAACGUCGUAGAAAGAGGGCAUACGCAAUAUUUGAAGCAAUCAACGUUUGACACAGCUAUUAAUACAUUUCAUCCUAUAUUUACCGUCGCUGAUCAGGAGUUACAAAAUCAAGUUGAUUUUCUACGAUCAGCGCAUCCGUCCGGCUUGCUAACGCUGGAUCCUUCGCAACAGGAUAGUCUUGACACGAAGCUUCCCUUUGCCGAGGUAGACUGCAAGAGCCCGGAGCAGAUGAUGAUUGACGAAACCCAGUCCGUGUUUAAAGUAUUUGACUACUGAGAAAUCUAUGCGGAGGAUUAUCAUCAAUGCGUGCGUGCGUAGAGAACAUCGAUGGUGUCGAGGACAAUAAAGUGUAGUGACAU